GCAGAUGAAUGCGCAGUAGUCGUUCUGCAGCGCUAUGGAAAUGGCGCCUGCGUUCAAGCAGCAGUAGUCGGCAGUUAUAACGUUUUACACUGAAGUCACUGGAAUUUAAGUUUUCUCUUUGCUACUGCUUUAAAGUUUAACACAACUAGACUACGAGAUUUUAUCCGUACGAACUGAGUCCGGAUUAUGACCGGAAAAGAGUUGCCACGAAAGUCGUGUUUGAAGUAUAUGCAGUUUUCUUGAGGGCCGUCAUCAGCACGCAGUAAGCAUGCGUGACCUGGCAGCCCAAGUCACCAGCAGCUUGCUGCGCUUCCCAGAUGUAACGAUAGACGCACUGGGGGAGGAUGAAGUUACGCUCGACUCUGUGCUGCAUGGGAGAUUUACUGUUGGGAAGAGUGGACUGGCCUGGCUUGCCUGCGGGCCUCAAUUGGAGGUCGUCCAUGCCAUUUCUGGAGAGCGUUUCUCUGCUUACCGCUUCAGCGGGGUGUCCGAGCACCAACCCACGGUGUUGUCUGUGCGGGACUUCUGUUGGCUGAAGCGAACAGGGCUGCUCAUUGGUUUGGAGGAAGCAGAGGGCAGUAUGUUGUGUCUGUAUGAUCUUGGUAUCUCCCGUGUUGUCAAGGCUGUGGUCAUCCCAGGCAGAAUCACAGCCAUUGAGCCACUGGUUAGCUACGGAGGGGCCAGUGCUAGCACACAGCAUCUACAUCAGAGUUUGCGCUGGUUCUUCGGUGUGGCUGCAGUGGUAACGGACAUCGGUCACGUUCUGCUGGUUGAUCUCUGUCUGGAUGACCUGUCCUGUAGUCAGAGUGAACUGGAGGCUUCAGAUCUGGAGGUGGUCAAUAAGUCUCCGUCUGAGAUCCCUCGGUUACGGGAGGGUGUGACGCAGCAGGGUAGACACCUAUGUCUGCAGCUCAGCAGCCCCACAGGUACUGGAGCAACAGCCAUGCAGUACAUCCAACGCACCAACCAGCUUGCUGUCGGCUUCUCCGAUGGCAGCCUGCAACUCUGGAACUUGAAGACCCUCAAAAAAGAAUAUCACUCCCAGCUAGAGGGUGGCAGAGUUCCUGUCUAUGCAUUUACCUUCCAGGAGCCAGAAAAUGACCCUCGGAACUGCUGCUAUUUGUGGGCAGUGCAGUCUGCACAGGAUCAGGAGGGGGAUGUGGUCAGCCUCCAUUUGUUACAACUGGCAUUUGGAGAGAGAAAGUGCUUGGCUUCAGGGAAAAUUAUUUAUGAGGGUCUGGAGUAUUGUGAGGAGCGUUACAGUCAGGACUUGAACGGUACAGCGUUUCCCAUGAGAGCUCAGGCCACCAAUACCCGUUUGAUCAGCUGUCAGACCAUAGAAAAGUUUCGCCACCACCCUGAUCGGGACGACAGCAUGAAUGAAGUGGCAUCUCCUGACACAAGUGUCUCAGUUUUCAGCUGGCAAGUUAAAUCGUAUGGACAAGGCCAGCCAUCGACCUUCAUAGGUGUUUUUGACAUUAACAGAUGGUAUCAUGCUCAGAUGCCAGAUUCAUUGAGAGCGGGAGAAUCUUUACGGAACUGUCCAUAUCUGGCAGUGUGGUCUCUUGACUCUGUGAUCGAGACGACAGCUCCCUGUACUCUGUUGGAUGUCCUGAUUCAUGAGCGCAGUCUAAGCAGGGGUCUGCCCUACACCUGCCCUCCACCGGAACAGUUCUUCAAUCCCACCACCUACAACUUUGAUGGAAGUUGUUUGCUUAAUGCUGGAAUUGUGCACUUUACUUGCUCUGGCUAUCAGAAAGAGACCCUUAGCUACUUGAAGAAGGUGGCACCAAGUUUGGGUGACAGCAUUUCUAAUGGAUACUCGCGCUGUCUCAUGUCUGGCCUCCUCUCUUCUCGUCUGGCUGAUGUCCAGCCCUCCAGCCUCUCACAGGAAGAGCAGCUUGAUGCCAUCUUGUGCACUGCUGUGGAGACAAGCUCAUUGGGACUCAUCACUGGCUGUAUUAAACAGUGGACCACUGAAGAGCAACCAGGAUCUGCAGUAAAUCUGCGCUAUAUACUGGAGUGGGCCUGGAAUAAGGUUGUGCACACCAAAGAAGAAUUGGAUGAAAUAUGUGCUCCGCUCUUUGACAGCUCAGCAAACUUCACAGAUCCCCAGACACUGCAGCUGCUACAGCACAGUCAGCGCUUGCUGGCAAACCUCAGCACCAUUUUCCACUGUUUGCUAAAUGAGGCCCAGGAGCUCACACAGAAAGGGUUGAUUGGACUCAUGAACAAAUGCAUGGUGUCUAGCUUGAUCUCCCAGUAUGCUCAAGUGGUUUUGUGGUUCUGCCGGACUGGUCUCCUUCCAGAGGGCUUUGAUGAUGAAGAUGUGCUGCAGAUAUCAAGGCCCUUUUACAGUCAUUCUAUUAUAAAGAAUUACUACACUGGCCAGAGGGAGGAGCUGCGGAGACUGGCCAAGGACAAGUGGUGUGCAGACUGCCUCUUGAUUGAUGGGCUGGUGAGUCAGUGUGGGGAACGCCUUACUGAACUUUGGAAAAGGGAUGAGGGUGGAACAGGACAGUAUCCUCCCCCAUCACUUCAUGCCUUGCUGGAUAUUUACCUCCUGGAAAACAUUGAAGAAUCCGCCAAACAUGCUAUUGUUAUUUACUUGCUACUGGAUGUGAUGUACUCAUUUCCCAAUAAAAGUGGGGCAUCAGUGGAGUCUUUUCCCACAGCGUUCGCCAUUCCCAUUGGGUUAGUGAAACUGGUACAAGGCCUAUGGUUGCUAGAUCAUCAUGAUCAUGAGAGUUCUCUGGAGCUGCUGUUGCACCCAGCCACAAGUCACUCUCUGUGGAGCUGGCAGCAUGAGCGUGUCCUGCAGGCUUUGAUGUGCCAGCAGAAACACAGCAUCGCCCUGCGUUACCUGCAUGUGAUGAAGCCUCCCAUGUGCACUACCAGCCAAGCCAAGCUGUGCCUCUCUGUCCUGCUUCAUAACAGGUGUAUUGUAGAGGCCUGGGCUUUGCUAAGGCAGCACUGUAAUAAAUUGAACAUGGAGGAGAUGAUGAGGUUUCUCUUUGAGACCUGUCAGGAGCUUGGACUGAUGAAAGAGCUGCUUAAGCUGCCCCUUGGACUUGGAGAACAGGAGUGUUUGGAGCGGUUCCUUCAAACCACCGGAGGUUUCCAGAAUCGGGAGCUGCUCAUGGUCCACUACCUCCAGCAGGCAAAUUAUGUGCCUGCCCUUCAACUCAACCAGACCCUCAAAAUGAACCUAGCAGCUGAUCGGGAUCCUAAAAUGAAGGAAAGGUCAAACACAAGGAAUUCCAUUCUCAAUCAGUAUGGGAAGGUUCUUCCUCGGGUUCAACGGAAAUUAGCCAUUGAACGAGCAAAACCAUACCAACACCCUGCUACGAUUCACAGAGAAGUUAAAAGACCACAGCCUCUGUCGACUGUUGCUAAACGUUCAGCCACUGAAAAUGUGAUGACCAGAGCAGCCUUUAUCAAUAAUGUCCUUUCAAAGAUCAAGGAAGUGUGGGUUGGCAAGAACACCACUCCCGAGUCAUCUCCUUUCAAAAGCCCCAAAGAGUCAGAGAAGCAAGUGCCUAGCCUACACCUUUCCUCUCCAAAUCUACCUGAGGCUUUUGUAGGAACUCCCAUCAACAUGCUAAACAAGAGAAUGUCAAGGCUUCUGGAUUUGGUUGUGCAGCCAUCUUCCCAGAAUUCUCCAGAGAGCUCAAAUUUGCCUGGCACUCCUACAAGGUCCAUUACCUCGUGGGCUGGCCCAAAGAGUGCAAGCAAGGCUCCUGAGCUCAGUUUACUGCAAACUCCACAAGUGGUGAAGAGAGCUCGAGCCUUGGCAUCAGGCCCUGUUUUCUCAGCCUUCACUCCACAGUCUAUUCUGAGGAGCAGUUUGCGUCCCACUCCUGUGGCCACCCCUUCUGCCUCCCCAGGCAGAUCAAUCACUCCUCCUCUCCGCCCCAAAGAGAGCCGUAUUACCUUUAUAGAGGAGGCUGAUUCUCCAGAAGCUCCCAAGGGCUCUGUCCACUGGAACAAUGGGAUUACGAUUAACAGGAAGCUCAAUACACCUAAGAGACCUUCCCCUCCUCCAAAAGCAAUUAUUGAGGCCUGGAGUGAACAUUCAGAUGCUGAAGAGGAAGAAGCAGAUGUAAAGAGGACGUAUAUGCCUUCUCCUGAAGAGAAAGAGAAUCCUGAUGUAGAAUCUGAGAGUGGCAACUCUGCUGCAGGGAUCUCUUUGACAGAGUCCGCACAAGUGCUUCCCACUCUUGUGCGACGGCCUAGUCUGGGGCAAGAAGCAAGUCUCGUAUCCGAACAGUCCGAUACCACUCUUGAGUUCCAUGAUGCUCCUGCUCCUGAGGAUCUUAUGGCAACACUGAAAGAACAUCAAGCCAACAACAGCAUGGAUCGGGAGGUGACUGUAAGACUUCCAAACACUUCAGAGGAACAUAUGCCUCCUGUAGAAGAGAAAACAACUUCAGAAUUACCUGAAGAAAGGCUGCCUGAGAAAGAGCUAAAUAUAGCUCAGGAAAAUGAUGCAGCGGAAGACUUGUCCAAUGGAGAACGUCCUUCAGAAACACAGGAAGCCCAUAAUGAGAGUGAGGAGAUUGAGGGGCAUGUUAAUAUUGAGAAUGAUCUUGUGAGGGAAGUAACUGAGGAGCAGCUUAAGGAAACUUCAGGGGCUCAGGUUCUCAAACUGGAUAUGGUUAUGGAACCAGAGCUUGUUCUUUCAGUUCAGGAACCAAGCUUAGAACCUUUGACUGACAUUUUAGAGCAUCCAGAGAUCCAGGAACCAACAGAAGCUGAAGAAUCAUUGAACACAUCUUCAUUUUUUGUUGAAGCUCUCAGUGUUCCUCCUACUUUAGAGCCUGUAAACAAAUCCAUGGAAGAAAAUGCUGCUUAUGACACUAUUGGUGAAUCCGCUGUCACCAAGGUAUCAGAGGCAGUACCAGAAGAACUGGUCUGUGAGGCCUCUGAGUCUAAGAUUCCAGUGGUUGAGUUGGUGAACCAUGAACAAAUGACUAGUGAACCUGAGAUCAAAGAAGAAUGUGAAGGGGAAUCUAUGGAAACCUCAGAUUUGGAUGCCUUUGUGGAACAGCAUUUAUUUGGCCCAGAUCGUUCUCCAUCUUUGACACAGUCCAGUAUUAGGGAAGUCUCAGAGGCCACUAUCAAAUGUGAACCAGUUUGUGACAAUAAGGAAGUUCAGCCCACUGAAGAGAAUGCAGCAGAUUUGAAAACACAGACGUCAGAUUCUGCUACCUCAGAGUCUAGAUCUGUAGUUAGCUUAAAUGACACCGAUGAGUUUACCAGUGCCGAAUCUUCAGAGGAUGAAGAGGACUCUGAAGAUGAGAAGGUGGAGGACUCAGGAAGUGAGGUUGAGAUUAUAGAAGAAGUAAAGGGUAAUGGCAGAAGUAACCAUCAGCCUUCUCCUGCCCUUUACAUGGAGGAACUUCCAUCAAAUGAGCAGUACCUCCAGGAUCAAGCCAAUGCAGUGUUGUCACUGGUCACACCUGAGGCACAGCUGAAAGUUCUAGACACUGACAUGCCAGAGGAUGAAGGUGAAGUGGUAAUGGUUGGCCUUGGCACUGCAGAUCUAGAUGAGGAAGAUGCUAUGUGUUAUACAGAGCUUAAGACAUCCACCACUCUCCUGGUGCCUGUAGAGCUGGCUGAUGAGCAGCAAACGCAUCAUAUAGAUGGAGGCACUUUAGAGACCCUCAGCAGUGCACCAGAUGGAACACAGCCAGAAGACUCGGACGGCUUCACGCUAAUGCUUGAUCCAGAUGUGGAGGAACUGCCUGACACUUCAGAGUUGGACCACAAUGCAGUAUUGCUACCUCUACAUGAGCCAGAAGAGCCCCAGGAUGUGGAUAAUCAGCUUACAGCUAACUCUGAGGUUGUCGUCUUGGAUCAUACUGUUCAAGUUCUAGACAACAAAUUGGAAGAAGUACAAGACUUGGUAUUAGACACUGAACCUGUUGUCACUGGUGUCAUUAAAAUGGAAGAGCAACCAGGUGAGGUCCUCCAGAUAGUGGAACAAAUGAUCACACCACAAGCAGAACCUUCUUCUCAAGAAACAAAAGGUCUUUUCAAUGGUGAAAGGCCAGAAUUUGAUCCUCCUGAGGUGCAGGAAGAAUCACAUAUCUCUCCUCAUGGGGAAGUAUUGGAGUCUUCUGCACCAGAGAAUGUUUUGCCUUCAGAAGAGCUUUUAGUUAAGGUCAAUGAAGUUUCUGCAUUGGACACAGAGGUGUCAGCCAUUGCAAAGGACAAUAUAACUGAAUCUAUCCAAAUAGACACUACACCCUUAUUGGCUGAAGAAGUUGAGGAACUUCCCACAACAAAACAAUUGGCAAGGGCGAAGUCACCAGGAAGGCCAAAGUCACCAGGAAGACCCAAGUCACCUGCAAGAACAAAAGUCGAAAGAUCUGGAAAAGAUACAGAGGAAAUUUUGGAGAACGUUAAGGAGGUGCUGCACAGCCCAUCACGGAGGACAAGGAAAACUGUAACAUUCCCUGUACCCAACCUUGAUGUGGAGAAGGAUCUUACUGAAGAGGAACAAAUGGAUUCUCAAGUACCUUCUACACCAAGACGUGUUACAAGGAGUGGCAAGCAGCUGCAAGACUAUCAAGUUCCUGUUACACCCAGAAGAAGCGCAAGAAAAGCAGAUGCAGAGCAACUCGCUAAUGAGAAUGACCAAGACAUGCCUUCUGAGAAAAUAUCAAAGCUUGCAAGUCCGGCACGAAAGACCCCACAGAAAGCUACACCUAGGAAAGGAUCCCGAAGAACCAGGAGCACAGUGGUUGAUGAUGAGGCCUUGUCCUCUGACCCUAUUCCCAGUGAUGACUCUGAAACACAAGCCAGACAGAGUACCAGAAAAGUCCAAGCACCAAUCGAUGUUCCAGAAACUCAUCAAGAAGUCCCAGAGGAGAAGCCUGCCAAAGCACAAAGUAGUCCUAGUAGGGUUACUCGCAAGUCUACCCGUGGUCUAGCGAUAGAAUGUUUCCAACAGGAUCCUGCAGAAGAUGCCACAACUCUAAAUCAACCUCUUAGAACUCCUCCAAGAAGCAGGAGGAAGACCGUGGCCAGCACUGCAGAAAAAGCAAACAAUGCUACCUUUGUUGUUGAGGAUGCACAACUUCAGAGUGUUUCAAGGCGCCUUACGAGAAGCCGGCACUGGAAUCAAGGUGAGGAUCUUGGCAAAGAAAGGCCAGAUUUGAUUCCCUUGGAAGUGGAGACUGAAACUCUUCAGGCUGAUGCCCUUGUAGAGCGACUCAAUAACAAGGAAGCCAGAGAAGAGAGUGUUCCCGUUGUAACUGAAAUUAUACGUGCGAAGAGAAAAACCACUAGAUCUGCAGCACCUCCAUCACUGAAUAAAACUCAAAAUGCAGACAUUGAAGAAUCGAAAUUGGUGGUGUCCGAUGAAGUUCAGGAACAUGCAAGCAAGUCACUUUCAAGUGCUAGACGUACACGAGCGAGAAAGGCAUCUGAACAAAACUCAGCUGUUGAGGAUCCGGUUACUCCCAUAGUUGACCUGAAAAAAACGAGAGGAAGGAGAAAAGGAACUUCUCUACAAAAUGAAGUUCCAGAAAUUUUGUCUCCUGUACCUCAAACAAAAGCCUCAGGAGGUGAAACUGAUUCUCAGUCCAAAGAGGACAAUGGCCCUGUAGAUUAUGUUGCUGUUGAAACUGAGGUUGUCAAGCCCAGAAAGAAGAGGACAACCAGAACAAAAGCUGCCCCAGAACCUCCACCCCCUGUUGAGAUUGAUUUUCUUUCUCCCCUCGCUAGUCCAGUCGAACCGUUAGCUAGAACCGAAAAGAGAACCGAAGAAAAGGAAACCCCUUCACUGAGGAUGAACCUACGCCGCAAACGCAUGAUGGAUGCCAUUUUUCCUAAACCUGUAACGAGGAGGAAGAAGCUUUGAUUGUCAACUCUUUGACUGGACUCAUUUCCCAAUGCACUUAAUGUGCAUUUUUGUUUUCUGCUCUCCCUGUUUCUUAAGAGCUCUGCAACCCGCUGUUUUCUAAUUAAGAUAAUCAAUGGAUAAUGUUUGGAAUAAAUAAUCUAAUUUGGGAUAAAUAAUUUUGUAUUAUAAAUUAUGCUGUUUACAGUAAGGAGCACUGAGGGACUUGAGCACCAAAAAAGAGAUGGUUUAGUUUUUAAAUGUGUUUCUACUAAUUGAUGCAAAUGUAAAUAGCCUUUUAGGUAUGUUAUAAAUAAAAUUUGAUACUUGUGAA